AUCCUCGCAUCCUACAGCGCCUACAGGAGCCUUGCCUAAGCCAAUGCUCGCGCGACAACGAGACAAAGAAGCGGCGGAAAGGGAAGGUCGAGCACCGCCGCCCAAAGCACAGUACUUUCCACUUCCCUACAAGGAGGCCGCCUCACAAUGGUGGGCAUCACUUGCUCCCGCGGUGACGGAGCACAAAAUCAUGUCGUUCAUUCCCUACCUUCAACGACCACCGACAGCAGCAGUACCUGAUAGCGAUCCGGCCAGCAAAACUGCCAGCGCGAAUACGAGCGGGCUUAGCGUGGACAAGGCCGGCGAUGCUACCAUCCAGCGAACCAACAGCGUGCACGACCCGUUCGGCCCGCGACAAUGGCAGUCAGAGAUGGUCCAGCUCAAAGGCAAGAACCGCUACUUGAACGAGUUCAGUGUGGAGAGGCUUGGCGAAGAGGUUGACAAUAAUCUGGUCAUGCUGCAUGGUUAUGGUGCUGGACUCGGCUUCUUCUACAAGAACUUUGAAGCUCUAACGCGAUUUCCGAACUGGAAGCUGUAUGCUCUGGAUAUGUUAGGAAUGGGUCGCAGCUCUCGGCCGCCAUUCAGUGUGAAGGCGAAAGAUCGCGAAGGAAGGGCAAGAGAAGCAGAGAGUUGGUUCGUGGAUGCGUUGGAGGAGUGGCGGCAGAAGCGCGGAAUCGAGAAGAUGACUUUGCUUGGCCACUCCAUGGGUGGCUAUAUGGCGGUUUGCUAUGCGCUGAAAUACCCUGGCCAUCUCAACAAGCUGAUUUUGGCUUCACCGGUCGGAAUUCCAGAGGAUCCAUAUGCAGUGAGCGACGAUGCACCGGACCCAGAAUCCAGCACGAUGCAGAACGAGGUGACUCAGUCCGGCGACGAGACUGCAGGAAGAUCGCAAGGCCGACAGCAGCCACCGAGGAGGAAGAUGCCGUGGUGGCUGACAACGCUAUGGGACGCGAACAUAAGUCCCUUCUCUUUGGUCCGAUACGCUGGGCCUCUGGGUCCAAGGCUCGUCUCUGGCUGGACGAGUCGGCGCUUCUCACAUCUUCCUGACGAUGAAGCGCAAGCGUUACAUGACUACUCGUAUUCGCUUUUCCGGCAACGAGGUAGCGGAGAGUACGCAUUAGCACAUAUUCUCGCCCCAGGCGCAUUUGCUCGAUCGCCUCUGAUCCGCCGAAUUCAUGGCGUAGGACGUCAAUUCCUGGACACGCAUACCGGGCCUUCGCCAGACAAUGCCGCGGCAAAUCCAGCGCAGCGCCUUCGCGAAACGGGCAUUCCGAUCGUGUUCAUGUACGGCGAGAAUGACUGGAUGGACAUCAAGGGUGGUUAUGCUUCGGCUGAGAUCCUGAAGGCAGAGCAGAAGAAAGCUCUCGCCAAUGCCACUGAAAAAGAGCGCAAGCUUGAGAACGGAGAUGUGAAGGUGGUCACCAUUCGGAAAGCAGGACACCACGUCUAUCUUGACUCGCCGGAUCAUUUCAACGAGGAAAUGGCACUGGAGAUGGCCGACGUGGAGAAACGGCAGAAGCGUCUUAAUGAUGCUGUUUGA